AAGGUAUUUUCGAGCAAACAAGAGAAAAUCGGAAGUUCUUCCAAUGGCACUCCAAACCUGUCACAUGCCGUUUCCUCAAUGGGGAUUUGAAUUCCAGAACCUCCCGUUACAAGAAUCAUUGGAGUUUGACCUGCAGGAUUUCAAAGAUGUUGACAUCAUGUGCGACCCGACCGCUUUGAUGCAGCCUAUGUCCAUGACGGACACAGACCUGCCGCUUUCUGACUAUGUGUCUCAGCUUGACGCUUGCAUUUCAUCUUCAAUGCCGGGCGCGCACGACCCUCUGAUUGAGAUCAACCUGCAGGCGGAUCAUCCGCAACCACCUGAGCAGUUCUGGAGGGAUGUAGCAGAAGAAAAUCAGAAAGCUCUGGGAGACGCUCUUGAGGAAAAUGAACACCUGCAAGUCACUUUAAAGAGAAAGCACUAUGAAAUAUUAUCAUUGAAGGAGAGAAAUGUCCAGCUGAAAGAACUUGCCAGUAAGGCAAAACAUCUGGCCUCAAUUCUUGAUAAACUUAUGAACCAAGGAUGCCAGGAUACUAGUGACACCACAUCUAAGACCUUUCGCUCGAGUUCUCCAGCUAAGAGGCAUGGAGUAGAGGGAACCUAUUUCGAUAACCAGGACUGUGAUAAUGUGGAUGAGAUCUUAAGGGACAUCUCAGAGAAAUGUAGUGUGGCAUUGGAAAAACUGAAUGAACCAAACACUAAACAUCUUAAGAGAAGACAUCAUUCAAGAGAAGAAAGUUAUACUGAAGAACAGGAAACCAUUAACAUGUAUGGAAGCUUCAAUGGACUUCAGACAUCUACAGCCUGCAAAAUAGCCACUGUAAGUAGCAGUGAGCUGGACAGUGAUGUGUCAUUUAAGACUUCAAUUCGCGAUCACUGUACAAUAAGGACAUUAGCAUUUCCUCAGGGUAAUGCAUUUACCACCAGGACACCCAGUGGUGGUUUCAAAUUUCGAUGGAUUCCGAAUUGA